UUUCCCCCUAAUAAAAAUUUAAUUUGUAAUUUUAUUCAUUAAGAAAUUUUGAUUUGUUUGCAAAAAAAUCCUCCAAAAGAUAUUGAAGCAGAAUGUUUGUUUUUUCUUUUGCAUUUUAGGUGUCAUCGAACAUAAUUCUCGUUGACAACAUGCGCUGGCAACAGAACCGAAUGCCUGGGUAUUUCGGUCAUAUCCCUUUGGCCAGAUAUGGAUAUUACAAAGGACGGAGAGCCACCGGAUCCAAACCAGAGCAAGACCACGGCGGUUGCGGUCACUAACAAUAAGCUUCGCUCACAAGAACCGGUUUAGACGUAAUUGCCGAGUAAAAAUUUGUUAACGAAAAGUUGCUGGAAAAGUAGAUCGCCGUAACGGCAGAACGAGUCAUUAUAGUUCUGUGAAGCCAAGAAGCCACCGGUGCUAACUCUCCUUACCUUACAACGCCGAUUUUGACGGACAAGAAAUUAAUCUUCACGUGUCGUAUUAAUUGGUGAAUUCAUCAUUCUGUGCCAGAAGACACUCGGUACUUUAGCUGGUUCUCUACUGAGCAUCAUUCUCCUCGAACUAGGAAACGAAAUCGUCGGAUGAUUCUACGGUAACAUUUAGGGUGUGACCUCGGAUGUGGCCAUGCAUGAGUAUCUGUGACACCAUUGCCGAUCCUCAGAUGUUUGUUGGAAUUCAGAGAGUCAAUCACAAAGCCAAACAAGAUGUCUUUGGCGUAAUCUAGGAGGCAAACUACAGGAACAGACUCUCGAAUCCCGUUAACACACAUCGACAGACUUACGAGAAUCAGAUAAAUUGCAUUCUGAACGACGCUCGUGACAAAACUGGUCGCUCUGCUAAGAAAUCGUUGUCUAAAUACAACAACCUCUAGGGCUUAUGUAGUGGACUCUCAGGUAAGACAAUUAAAUAGCAUCGUUAUAUUUGACGGAUGUGACUCAUUAUACUCCAUCCAUUACCCUUAGGUUAUUGCGUUUGUGGGUCAAUAAACCGUCGAAGGUAUAAGUGAAUUCCGUUUGGUUUUCGCAAACACACGCACCCUGCCGCAUGAUUACAGCCCGGAAUCCCAAUUCAUACUUUGCCGGAUUAACACCGACCGAGUUCCACUUCCACGCUACUUUUACCGGCUAUAUCCAGCGACGUCUGAUUAAGGCUAUGGAGUCGGUAAUGGUGAAUUACGACGGAACCGUGCGAAACUCGGUCGAUCAACUGAUUAAGUUACGUAAUUCGGAUGGAUUGUGCGGGGUUGCAGAAUCUGUCUACGAUCAAGCUGCCGAUAGCGCUUCUCGGUUCGAUCCGAACAACGUGAGAAAUUUUCGAAGGGUUUCCAACCAAGAUGUUAUCAAGAAGCUGAUGAAAUCACCGAAUGUUAUCCAGAAAAUUGAAACCGAGUAUAAACAGUUACUGCGGGAUCGGAAGGUAGAGACACAUCUUCCAGAAUGGUGGAAUACGCAAAAGAUUUUCCACAAAAAUAAACGAGACAAAACAGAUUUUUUCCCGUUCAAGGUUAUUGGGGUUAGAGAACUGUUAAACAAUCGUUUCAUCUUGACCGGAACUAAUCGUUUGUAAAAACAGGCCAACGAAAAUGCCA